UCCCGGGAAGACAAGGACAAGCUCUUACUCGUUCCUGUAAGGCGGGCGCCUGCCACAGCUGCUGCUGAGGGGACGUUGGCUCAACAGAGCACUGCUUUCUCUUCCAGCGAGCUGGCCUCCUCUGUCCUUGCGGAAGCCUGAGGAAACAGGAAUGCCGGCCCCGAGGUGAGGAGCAGAGGGUGCCUUCGUGGAUGUGAGGCCUCGGGGCUGCGGGGCACCUGAGCGAUCAGCAGGUCCAACUCCCUCCAUGCCGGUGUCCCCUCCUCGGCUCGUCACCCCAGGAGUGGUUGCGAGCUGCGUCCAGACACCCCAGCACCUCGUCGGAGUGGUUUCAAAUCAUGAGGGAGGGUCCCGGGAAUGGUGGGUGGGCUGCCGGCGUUGCUCCCGAAUCCCGGUUUUGAAGAACUGGAACUUGCCCAGUGAGCUAGAGGCCCGUGAUCGGUGGCUGCUGGUUGGGGGACAGCUGUGACGGCGCUCCGUAAGGACUCCCUUCUCUGACCCUCCCGUGUGUGCUGAGAGGCGGGGAGCCCCAGGUCCCCCGGGGCGGGGGAGGUCCGGGGUAGUGGCUGCCAGGCCAGUUCGCUGCCGGAUGGGCGGGCGCAGGAGGAAUGGCCUGGCCGUGUUGCAGGUGGGCGUGGGACGGUGUGUGGCUGCCCCCGGGAGAGGGACCCCUCUGCCGCUCAGCCUUGAUCUUCAGUACAGCUAAGUCAGCGCCGAGCCUUCAAACCAUCUGAUUUCUGACUUCCCGGUGACGCUUUCUCCACCUGCUGCUUCCCACACCCUCCAGGAGCAAGGUCCCGGCAGGAACAGGCCUUCUCUCCCUCCUGUCUGCUCACUUGGGGGUCAGCCGGGCCUCCAGCCUGGCCGCUCCCGCCUUCCGCUGCUCGGGCUGCUGCUUCCUCCCAGCCCCUGUGACUGGGCCGCAGCCCACAUCCCAGGAGGGAGUCUCCUCCCCAAGCUCCGCUUCCUCCCCCGACACGCUUCUGUCCCCGUGAGGCACCCCAUCUUCCUUCUAGGAAGUCCUCGUCGUUUGCGCCACUGCUCUUUGGGGGGCGGUGCCCCCAGGACAUCGUCUCCUCUCGGAGCCCAGGGCACCUGCUCUGAGUGCACUUCCCCUUCUGACCCCCGCCCGUGGCACCAGCAGACCUCACUGUCCCUGCGACCCAUCUGGGCACUUGCCUCGGCGGCUGCGUCCCCUUCUCGGCCCCGGUGGCCUGGGUGCCUCCAGCCCCCCACCCCAACUGCGUCUUUGAGGCCCGGAGAGGGUUCCAGUUUGCUCCUGCCGCACGUUUGGGGGUACCACCGGUGUGGGACGGGCUCGACCCAAAGUCUCAGUUUCCCUAGUGUCCUCCUUGGUAGGGCUGGUUUCCUCUCUGCAACACCUUUUGCCCAUCUUUCCACUGAGCUGCGUGUCCUUUUUGUGCCGAGUCGUGGGAGCUCCUUUCGGGGUCCGGGUACUAGUCCCGCCCUGGUUGUUUGUGUUUCAGAUGCCUCCUCCUGCCCCUUGGGGGCUGGUUUCCUCCUCUCUUUGAAGGGCAGCUUUGGACUCGGCAUGCGCCUACACCCUCUCCGACCUGUAAGUGCCCCACACGUCGGGGCGUGUCCCGCCGGCCCACUCCCAGGCCCGCCCCCUGGGGCUGGUGGUCCCCGAGGAGCCGGUGCCCUGGCGUCCAGCGCUCUGCCCGUGAGAAAGGGCUCCUUCUUGACUGGGUAAGUCACUCGGUCAGUGCCUGGCUUUAGUCCCUGCCCUGGACUCACGCAGGGCAAGCCCCGGGGCAGCCGUGCAGCUGCAGGAAGACAGCCGGCCUUGUUUUCUCUGCCCCAGCUCCCGGUUUACCUCCUGCCGCCCCACAUCUGGCCUGUUUCUAAGACGUGCUCCCCUGCCCCCUCCUUCCCCUCUGUCCCCUGGGCAGCUCCUGUUGGCCGUGUCCCUCUCCACACGGCCCAGAUCGAGGGGUCCAGCCUGAGAACCGCAGGUGUUUCUGACUCUGUCUCAGUGACUGGCGCUGCAGGACCUCGGGAAGAAGCUGCGCGCAGGGGACCUGCAGACGUGAGCAGCCACUUGGCCGCCGCUGCUCGGGUCGGCGCCUGCGCAGGGAACGUGGCGCAGCACAGGGGGCCUCCUGUGCGCUUCUGGCGAUGCCCCCACUUGCAUUCACGUUACAGACGGUUAUAUCGCCUUUGGCUGGGGGCGGGAGAUGCUCGUCUCCAGGUCUGCGGCACUCCUGAGCUCUUGGGUCUACGUGCUCUUCAGCGUCCUCAGUCUCUGGGCAACGACCCGGGCCCCAGGCCCUCCGCAGCUGGAGGGGGCCUUCCCGACAUCAGGCCGUGGCCCAGUGAAUGGGGCCAGCUUCCUUGUUUGAGAGAUUCAGGAGUGGGGCCGGGGUGCGGGGGUGGGAGUCUGGAGCGAGCGUUGCCAUCCCGUAACCGUGGUCACAGGGCUUGGAUGACAGGACUGCUGUGCUCUGUGCCUGUAGGGCCCGUUCAGCCGCCUCCUGAGUAUCCCUGUGCUCUCCGUGGCGACUUUACAAAGGACAGAGAGGAUGUGAAGAGUCAGGAGCAAGGGACGCCCAUAAGGCAUCGCCUGGAGGCAGGAAGGGUCAUCCCAGGUUCUGAAGGAUUCCUCGGCAGACAUCUCACUAAGCCCUGCGCCUGGUUCCGGAGGAUACUGGAUUGCAGCCUCUCCCUGCUGAAGACCAACUGACAAACCCUCGGGAAUGGCCCUGCGUACCUGGGACCAGUGACAGCCUCUGCUCAGAAACCCCAGCCCAGGGGUCCUCCUGAAGCGGCCGCAGAGACAGAGUUUAUCGCGUCUCCCACAUCAGGGUCAAGCUGGGCCCGGUGUCCACCAGCCUCCAGCUGUCUGGUUGUCCCGCUUCCCGGUGUUGGGUCACCCAGCGCGGAGCCCGAGGUCCCUUUGGGAGGGGCUGGGGGGUCAUUCCAGUGCCUGCUUGCUGUGGUGCUGCAGCGUCCUUCCCGCUGGGGACCCGCCAUGUCCCUGGUCCGCGGUUCCACGUCUGAGAACUGGCUCGGGGGCAGAACCUGGGCGAGGGAUCGUGACUUGUUCACUGGGGCGGCUGCCCUCGGCCUCCUGCCGUCCGUCCUUGCUCUUUUGAGUGUCCGUCUUAGACUGUAUCUUGGUUGGUUGCCCAUCCAUCGAGCCCCCGGGAAGCCGUAUUGUACUGACCACCUGCCCCGCUCGGUGGGUCAGGCCUCCUGGUCAGUGGCGGCCAUCGUCAUAGCCCCUGGUUUCUGGCCGCUCAGUGGCGCCCCACGACCUCUGCUGCGGUCCCUGGGCGGCGGGGGAGGGCAGGGGCUCGUCCCUUUCCUCCCUCACCUGGCCUGGCGCGCCCGGCCUGUGUUGUGAGGUGACUUCGCUCUGCUUGGGGGCCUGGCAGUGGGCUGACCACCUCUCCCCAUUUUUCCUGCACUCUCCUGCUUGUAGCGCUUCAGGUCCCACAGCAAAUCGGGGCGGCUGGCUAGCCUGUCUCCUGGGACGGAGGGCACCUGUGGGGAAGGACGCGGGUCAUGUUUGCUCCCUCGGGGGAUGCGGGUUUGCCCAGGUGGGCUUCCGACGCUGGCGGGACGGGCGUGCCUUGGUUGAACAUCAGCGUCUUUGAGGUUCAGCCACUUCUGUCGAAUCCUGGGUUGGACGAUUGUCCGCUGCCUGAGACGGGGGCUCCUUUGUAAGGUACUGGGGAGACCCUGGGGCCCCCUUUUUUCUCACUUUGCUCUUCACCCUAAGCUGCUCAUCCCCUAUGGUCGGCAAAGCAAAGAAGUCACCUCCCCCUGUGCCCCCCGCGUUCCGCACGCUUGGAUCUUCUCACCUGCCAGGACGUUCCUCUCCCCCUGCCAGCCCAGCGAAAAUUCUAGCAUGAAAGUUCUAGCAACUGGGCCGUGGCCUUGCGGCCGGGGCUGUCCGCCCGCACACCACCCAUCGCCGGGGUGGGGUCCUCAUUGCCAGUGAGGCGGGUGAUGACAAUCCCGUACCAAGACCCCAUCUCAUCACCUGCUCCUUGGACCACUCCAGGGCCGGCCGGCUCGGGUUGCGUCCCUCGGGAAGCUGAUCCCGGGAGAGAGUUAGUGCCAAAGGCUGGCUGGGGACUCACACCCACUAAGGGGACAGGGAGCAAGCGGGGUUGGGCAGGGUGUCCCUUCAACCUGCGAUGUCGACCUGACAGUUUCUGCCAGCCCGUCGGGGAGCUGCAGAGCACGGACGGGCAUUAGAGGUCCCCGCAGUGGGCCCCCGUGGUCAGGCCCUCGCAGCGCCCGAGGCCUUGCGAUCCACAUCGACUGACCGGGAGAACCAACACCCAGAAGGGGUGCCCGAGGGGUGGCUGCGUGCGCGCACGGGGCGCCAGCUGCCUUUGCCCGGGCAGCACCUUGCUCUGCCCUGCGGCCGGCCUGGUGGGAGGUGCUUUGGCUUCUUGUGCAUCAGACGACCGCUGGGUUGGGCAGGGGACGUGCUUCCAGGGCGUUGGCUGACUGGCCAUCUGUCAGCGUCAUCGGUGUCAGCGCAGCUUGAUGGGAGAGGGCAGAUCUGGGUACCAGGCGUCAGAAGGCAAAGCCCAUUUAAGUCCGCAGACGUCCGUCCUGUGAGAGGGUCCUGGACUGUGCAGGGACACAGGUGUCCACUCGCCCUUGGGUUACUCAGGGCUGGUGGGGGAGGGGCAUCUUCCAGGCAGACCUGUAAAGCACAGAGUCUGAACCGAGGCGGAAGGAGGGCAACGUGAAGAGCGGGGAAGCCCUGACUCAGAGCCAGGGGCUGCGGAGGGCUUCAGAGACGAGGGCCGUCUGGGCUGGGUCUUGAAGUGAGAAGGGUCUCCUUAGCUGGGAGAUGGGGGACGGGCCCCCUGGAAGGGCCAGACACGUUCAGGGGACUGAGUCCAGGUGUGUGGCUGGAGCAGAUGAGUUUGUGGAGGGCCCCAGCCUGACACCAUCAAUUCAGGUCCUCUGAGCGAUUGUUGGCAUGGGAGUUUUAGAGAUUUUGAUGUGCUGUGAAGUUUCAUUCAUUGCCUGUAGAGGGAAGUGUGUGUGCAGAGCUACCCAGGUAGGCUGGGCAGGCUCCUGUCGUCCACAGGGAGCAGCGUGGGAGGAAGCACAAGCUCUGCUCUGCCGUCACAAACCUGCGAUUGAUCCCCGGCCCCACCACUGCUGGAGUGUGGUACAUGCCUGGGGGGCUGCAGGCAAGGACCCGUCUGCCUCCUGAUUCCUCAUGCAUCCUUCCCACCUCCCGCCCCAGGGCCUGGACGGGAUGGUGCUCCGGAAAUGUUUGCCGACUUGAACGGAGUCCACAAGAGAACUACAGACAUUUUUAGAGACCACACAUGCCCACUGCUAUUCAAUAUUUAUUUGGUCAUGUAUUGUCCACAAGCUCCACAAGGGAAGGAACUUAGAACUCCCAGCCGCCAGGACUUCCAAGCUGCCAACAGUGCGCGGUAUACAUAUCUGAUGUACUUAAUGCUCUGAAUGUCCUUUUAAUCAUCGUGGAUGACCUACGCCCCUCCCUGGGUUGUUACGGGGACAAGCUCAUAAGGUCCCCAAACAUGGACCAGCUGGCCUCCCGCAGCCUCCUCUUCCAGAAUGCCUUUGCCCAGCAAGCCGUGUGUGCCCCGAGCCGCGUGUCCUUGCUCACCGGGAGGAGACCAGACACUACCCGCCUGUAUGACUUCAACUCCUACUGGAGGGCACACUCUGGAAACUUCUCCACCAUCCCGCAGUACUUCAAGGAGAAUGGCUACGUGACCAUGUCGGUUGGAAAAGUCUUUCAUCCUGGAGUGUCUUCCAAUCAUAGUGACGACUCUCCCUAUAGCUGGUCUGUUCCACCUUAUCAUCCGUCCUCUGAAAAGUACGAAAACACCAAGACCUGCAGGGGACCAGACGGAGAACUCCAUGCCAACCUGCUGUGCCCUGUGGAUGUGGCAGAUGUGCCCGAGGGCACCCUGCCUGACAAGCAGAGCACCGAGCAAGCCAUACGGUUGUUGGGAAAGAUGAAAACGUCUGCCAGUCCUUUCUUCCUGGCUGUGGGCUAUCAUAAGCCGCACAUCCCCUUCAGAUACCCCAAGGAAUUUCAGAAGCUGUAUCCCUUGGAGAACAUCACCCUAGCUCCUGAUCCCCAGGUCCCUGCCGGCCUCCCUCCUGUGGCCUACAACCCCUGGAUGGAUAUCAGGCAGCGGGAGGAUGUCCAAGCCUUAAACCUCAGUGUGCCCUACGGCCCGAUUCCCGCCGACUUUCAGCGGAAAAUCCGCCAGAGCUACUUUGCCUGUGUUUCGUAUUUGGAUACGCAGGUUGGCCACCUUUUGAGUGCCCUGGACGAUCUGCAGCUGGCGAGCAGCACGAUUGUGGCGCUCACCUCGGAUCACGGGUGGGCUCUAGGCGAACACGGAGAAUGGGCCAAAUACAGCAAUUUUGACGUCACUACUCGCGUGCCCCUGCUGUUCUAUGUUCCGGGAAGGACGGCUCCGCUUCCGGCGGCAGGCGACAGGCUUUUCCCAUACCUCGACCCUUUUGAUUCCAUCUCAGAAUCAGUGGAGCCAGGCCGGCAAGCCGGGGACCUUGUGGAACUGCUCUCUCUCUUCCCCACGCUCGCGGGACUUGCAGGGCUGCCCGUCCCUCCUCGCUGCCCCAUCCCCUCGUUUCACGUGGAGCUGUGCCGAGAAGGCCGGAACCUUCUGAAGCAUUUUCAGGUCCGUGACUCGGAAGAAGAUCUGUACAUCCGUGGUAAUCCCCGUGAGUUGGUGGCCUAUAGCCAGUACCCCCGGCCUGCGGACUCUCCUCAGUGGAAUUCUGACAAGCCGAGUUUAAAAGAUAUAAAGGUCAUGGGCUAUUCCAUACGCACAGUAGACUAUAGGUAUACUGUGUGGGUUGGCUUCAAUCCCCGGGAAUUUCUGGCUAACUUUUCAGACGUCCAUGCAGGGGAACUGUAUUUUGUAGCUUCUGACCCUUGGCAGGAUCACAAUAUGUAUAAUGACUCCCAAGGUGGAGCCCUUCCCCGAUCGUUGACGCCUUGAGUGUUGCCAACCGCAGAGGGCAUAUAUAACGCUCUCCUGUCCAGCUGGUGAGAGAAGGAAUUACACUGGUUAUUUCGUGAUUACCUGUAAUAUUGGAAGCAACCCCAGGGGUAGGCAGUCAAAACAGGCGUCAACAAUUUGGCCUCAGAAUACGUAACAGCCGAAACUUUUGAUUUGUCUUUAUAGUUGGUAAUUGGACUGGGCUGAACCUCUUCUUUCCUUUUUUUUGGAACACUC